AUGCGAGGUCGUAAUGCGUUGCAUCUUGCCGUUUUAACUCAUUCGGAAAUCACCGUUAAACUAUUUGAAUGCAUGAAGAAUAUGACAGAAAUGCCGACGUCCGGUCUUCCUCGAGGCAUUACACCGUUCCAUUUAGCAGCUGUAAACAAUAGAGCAAAGCCACUUUUACGUCUUGCCAAGGAAGUAGAGAAGAGAACAGAUAAGGCGGCGAAGAAGCGGGUACUAGUAGAUCGACCAUUGUUUGCUUAUACGGAUGUGAAAAAUCGAAUACCAUUGCAUUACGCGAUGAAAUAUGGGCAUCUCGAUCCAACGGCUGUGCUGCUUAGUCAGCAAGGGGCUGAACUUUGUCUGACUUGGCGUGACAAAGAUGAAAUGACGCCACUUCAUUUUGCUGCCGCAAACGGAAAGAAUGCGUGCAUUGACUGGGUUUUACGGAAAUUUAGCAAGAUCAGUGUGAAUAGGAAAGAUGCCAAAGGGAGGUCAUGCGGUAUGUUAUCACUCACGUCAUUAUCGGGACCGUUCUGGCCACUGGUGCGGAAGAGCAACCUGGAACGGUGCGAUAACAUGGGUCGGGGAUAUUUACACAGAGCAGUUUAUUCGCGUAAUAAGGAGCUGCUCAUAAGAGUGUUGGAGAGAUGUAAUCCAAAUGUCCGUGAUAUCAAUGGUGUAACGCCACUUCAUGUCGCGGCUGCGGUCGGCGAAAGUGAGGCGGCAAUAAUGCUGAUUCAGUGUGGAGCGAAUAGACUGGCGCCGGAUAAACGCGGAUUUACACCGAUUGAUUGGGCGGCAGCCUAUAACAAAGUGAGCAUUAGUGAGGAUAUCGCUGGAAAAAUGAAGGAUAAUCGUAGUCAA